AUGGCUGAUCGCAACUCUAUUGGCGAAAAUGCUGCCGCGCUUAUUGGCAACACACCCAUGGUGUACAUCAAUAAAUUGACAAAAGGACUUCCAGGGACAGUUGCUGUAAAAAUCGAAUACAUGAAUCCAGCGGGAUCGGUCAAAGAUCGUAUUGGAGCGGCAAUGCUUGCAGCGGCCGAAAAAGAUGGAACGGUGAUCCCGGGAGUGACCACGCUCAUUGAGCCAACAUCAGGAAACACUGGAAUCGCAUUGGCUUUUGUUGCUGCCGCCAAGGGGUAUAGAUGUAUUGUCACAAUGCCAGCAUCUAUGAGUGGAGAACGCAGAACUCUUCUCAAAGCAUAUGGAUCCGAGGUGGUCUUGACAGACCCAGCGAAAGGAAUGAAAGGAGCGAUUGACAUGGCUAACCAGCUGAAGGAAAACAUUCCAGGGUCUAUCAUUCUUGCUCAAUUUGACAACCCAAAUAAUCCACUUGUUCACUAUCAAACAACUGGACCAGAAAUUUGGAGACAAACCAAAGGGACAGUAGACGCUGUUGUUUUUGGGGUUGGAACUGGUGGAACAAUUACCGGAGUUGGCAGAUACUUGCAAGAGCAGAAUCCAGGUGUCCGCGUGUUUGCUGUGGAGCCAGAAGAAUCCGCUAUACUCAGCGGCAGACCAGCCGGUCCACACAAAAUUCAAGGCAUUGGAGCAGGGUUUGCUCCAGCUGUUUUGGACACAAAGAUCUAUGAAGACGUAAUUCGAAUUCAUUCCGAUGAGGCUAUUGUCAUGGCUCAAAGACUUUCCUAUGAAGAAGGUCUUCUUGGCGGAAUUUCCUCCGGAGCUAAUGUUGCAGCUGCACUUCAGUUGGCUGCUCGCCCAGAAAUGGCUGGAAAGCUCAUUGUGACUUGUUUGCCAAGCUGUGGAGAACGAUACAUGACCUCUCCUUUGUACACCGACAUCCGCGAAAGCGCUAUGGCUCUGGCAGUCGAAAGCUUGGAGGCAAACUUGAAGAAGUUAUGUCUUCACAACUAUGAUAUUAUGGAGUGAUUUAAAUCAAAAAUUCAUCUCACUUUUUUCUUUUUUCUUUCAUUUAAAUUCUUUCACCCAAAAAUUAUCAAGGUUGUUACUCACUAAAAAUGAUAAAUCGGCUGGUAAUUCAAUCAAAAAACCUACACAUUAUAAUAAUUUGCAUUCUUUCGUAUUUUUUCCAUGUAAAUGUUCCGCUGUCUAUUUUUUCAAUAAAUGCAAUUAGUGUUU